AUGGCACCGAAAGCGAAAGCCGCAUCUGGGAAGCAGGCCCCGGCCCCGGCCCCAGCCCCAGCCCCAGCCCCAGCCCCAGCCCCCGCGCCUGCCCCCGCCGCCCCGCCUGCCCCGGCCCCUCCAGGUGCUCCUGCUGCCCCCGGCGCCCCUGGCGCCCCACCUGCCGGGCCUGCAGAGCCGCCAGAACCUCUUCAGACGCCCGAAGAACUGGCGUUUUACGCCCCGAGUUACGUGUGUUUGACCGUCUUUGCUGUAAUUUUAUUCCCUCCCAUGGGACUUCUCGCUGCAUACUUCUGUAGCAAGGGCUGGACUUAGAAACCCACAUCUACUCUCCCAUCCCUACAGACCAUGAAUGCUAACAAGAAGAGCAGAUGGGAAGAGGCUUACAUUAAUUCAGGCCGAACUGGUUGGCUGGAUGUAUUCGCCAUACUCACCGGUUUAAGUAUACUUUACUACUAUUGCCUUUUUGAGUGA